AUGACAAUCCCUCUCAUGCCCGCUCGCAUGAACUCCGCCAUCCCCUCCCAAUCCCCCACUGCCCAAUCCCCCACUGCCCAAUCCCCCACUGCCCAAUCCCCCACUGCCCAAUCCCCCACUGCCCAAUCCCCCACUGCCCAAUCCCCCACUGCCCAAUCCCCCACUGCCCAAUCCCCCACUGCCCAAUCCCCCACUGCCCAACCCCCCACUGCCCAAUCCCCCACUGCCCAAUCCCCCACUGCCCAAUCCCCCACUGCCCAAUCCCCCACUGCCCAACCCCCCACUGCCCAAUCCCCCACUGCCCAAUCCCCCACUGCCCAAUCCCCCACUGCCCAACCCCCCACUGCCCAAUCCCCCACUGCCCAAUCCCCCACUGCCCAAUCCCCCACUGCCCAAUCCCCCACUGCCCAAUCCCCCACUGCCCAAUCCCCCACUGCCCAACCCCCCACUGCCCAAUCCCCACUGCCCAAUCCCCCACUGCCCAAUCCCCCACUGCCCAAUCCCCCACUGCCCAACCCCCCACUGCCCAAUCCCCCACUGCCCAAUCCCCCACUGCCCAAUCCCCCACUGCCCAACCCCCACUGCCCAAUCCCCCACUGCCCAAUCCCCCACUGCCCAAUCCCCCACUGCCCAAUCCCCCACUGCCCAAUCCCCCACUGCCCAAUCCCCCACUGCCCAACCCCCCACUGCCCAAUCCCCCACUGCCCAAUCCCCCACUGCCCAAUCCCCCACUGCCCAAUCCCCCACUGCCCAACCCCCCACUGCCCAAUCCCCCACUGCCCAAUCCCCCACUGCCCAAUCCCCCACUGCCCAAUCCCCCACUGCCCAAUCCCCCACUGCCCAAUCCCCCACUGCCCAAUCCCCCACUGCCCAACCCCCCACUGCCCAAUCCCCCACUGCCCAAUCCCCCACUGCCCAACCCCACUGCACAAUCACUCCUACCAGCGCUAUGAAGCGGAGCAAGUGAGAGAUCUGGACAUCCACCUCACCGUGCACUCCGUGUCCGCUAAGGUGCGCUCUCGCCCUUGCCCUCACCCCCUUGCUCUUUCCCCGUUGCCCUCUCAACCUGCUCUAACCGAUCUCGACAUUCAUCCCACCGUGCAUCCGUCUCUGCCAUCAUGCGCUCUCUCCCUUGCCCUCCUUCCCACUCCCUCAGAGCAGCCCAUCUUCCUGCCAUCCUACGUGGCAUCCUAUUAUCAUGACAGCUGGCGCCACACGGCCGUCAUCGCCGCCACGUCAGCACCAUCCACCGCGCCAGCUGUCGCCGCGGACCGCCUCUUUUCCCAGCCCAAAUCCACGCUGGCAGCAGCGGCCGCACUGACAGCUGGCGCCGCGCUACUGGACUUUGUUCUCCUGGGGGGCGGCGUGCCUUGGCUUUUCCACCCGGCGUCGACCGCAUGGUGGAUGACAGUUGGCGCACUCUCGUUGGCUGCUGGUUGGCUUGCCAGGGUGUCGCCUCGGCUCGCUGUGAUUCGUCGGGGCGUGCAGCAUGCCAGGGAGGUUGCUGAGGUGGCAACAGGAGGGGGGCUGUGGGGGGAAGGAGGAGGGAUGGAGGAGGAGGAGGAGGUGGGGGAAGAGGAGGGGGGGGUGAAGGCGGUAUGGUUGGAAGGGGAUAGUGGCCGUGUAGUGCAGGCUUGGGGGAAGAGAAAAUAG